AUGUGGCUGUCCCGGCCCUGCUCUGCAGCGGCCGCUGCCCGGCGGGCGCUGGCCCCGGCCCCGGCCCCGAGACCCUACUGCACCCGCCGCGCCCAGCGCCAGGGGCUGCUCUUCCGGCAGCUCUUUGAGCCCGUGAGCUGCACCUACACCUACCUGCUCGCGGACCUGAAGACCAAGGAGGCGGUUCUUGAUCGACCCGUCGUUCUGGAGACGCCACGCGGGACGCGGAGUCUGGUGAGGGAGCUGGGCCUCAACUUACAGUAUGCAGCCAACACCACACCUGCCACGCCGACCAUGUCCGGGCACCGUGCUGAGAAGAUGCUGCCAGGCUGCCGCAGCGUGAUCUCCCAGGACAGCGGGGCCUUGGCCGACAUCCUUCAUCCGCGAGGGCCACGCCCUGGAAUUCGGGCCUUCGUAAGUCACCUGGGCACUGGGGCUGGGAGACCGGACUCUCGGGUUCUCUCCUUGGUGCUGAGAGGGCAGGGCCCUGGAAGCCCGUCCACCCCUGACACACGGCUGACGGCUGCCCUGACCUACGUGCUCAGUGACAGGACCAUGGCCUUCAGCGGGGACGCCCUGCUGAUCCGGGGACUUGCGGCCGCACCGCUUCCACAGGACCCACUUCUCUCAACGCCCUCAGGCUCCCCGGAGACCCUGUACUGCUCUGUGCACGAGAAAAUCUUCACACUCCCCGGAGACUGUCUGAUCUACCCCGCCCACGACUACACGGGCCAGACGGUGUCCACUGUGGAGGAAGAGAGGACCCUGAACCCCCGACUGACCCUGAGCUGCGAGGCCUUUGUCCAACUGAUGAACAGUUUGAACCUUCCUGAACCCCAACAGAUUGAUUUUGCUGUCCCAGCAAACCUCAAGUGUGGGAUACAGGAUGCAGCAACUUAG